UACCAUUUUGCGCGCGCCACGUUCAAAGUGUUUUUGUCAUGUCCGUAUAUCCUGUGGCUUAAAGUAGUAGUUUUAUAGCUAUUAUAUAUAUUUUUUAUAUUAAAUAGUUUUUUGUACCGUUUUAACAUUAUUUUUGAACAAACAUGGAGUUGGACUGUCCAGUUCUUUUCCCACACUCACCCAGAAAAGCACGAGGACAGAUUCAGGUCAUUUUUGGACCGAUGUUUUCAGGCAAAAGCACUGAACUGAUGAGAAGGGUUCGCCGUUUCCAGGUAGCCCAGUACAAAUGUUUGGUGGUCAAAUACGCCAAAGACACUCGGUAUUCUGACAGCGGCAUGGCCACACAUGACCAAAACACCAUGGAGGCCAUGCCAGCCACCUGUCUGGGAGAUGUUCGGUCCGUGGCGCUGAAAGCCUGCGUUAUUGGAAUCGAUGAAGGCCAGUUUUUUCCAGACACGGUGGAGUUUUGUGAGGAGAUGGCCAAUUUAGGGAAGACGAUCAUCGUAGCUGCCUUGGAUGGAACUUUCCAGAGGAAACCUUUUGGAAACAUCCUGAACCUUAUUCCGCUGGCAGAGAGCGUGGUGAAGCUCCACGCCGUCUGCAUGCAGUGUUAUAAAGACGCUGCAUACACCAAGAGGAUAGGAGCGGAGAAGGAGGUGGAGGUGAUUGGCGGCGCUGACAAGUACCAGGCGGUGUGCAGAAAGUGUUACGGAGGUUUGGUGGAAAAACAGAACAAAUCUCCGCUCAGGAACGAAACGCCACAACACCUGACAGGAAAACUCGUGGACGCCAAUUUCCCCCGAAAACUCUUUUCCCGUCUCCAACUCUGAAGAGGAAGAAAACUGGGAUUGCUGCUGAAAUGUUUGUGUGCGAUUAGUUUUGUUUUGGUAAUACGAAACCUUCCGUUAAUGUAAUAAGUUUUUGACAUUUUAUUUACCUGAAAGACUUUCAAAGCAGCUAAAAGUUGCUUUAAAUGCUAUUUAGUGUAGUGUUUUUUGACAUCUUAACCUGUAGUUACUGCCUCAUCAAAUGAGAUUUUAAAUUGUGUUUAAACGUGUUUUUUUAUCAUUCACUGAAAGAUUCUGACGCUUCACUCUGUGAUGUUAAAAAUUGUUUUUGUCAUUUUAUUUAGUUUCUAAUCCUUUUCAUAAACUGUGGCGUUUAGCCUCAGAAUAACCGGAUUAAAUCCUGUUGUCACA